AUGGGUUCCACAGCAUCCAAGCCUGAGACGAAGGUGUUUACGCCCAAUGCGCCUGUGGAUUUCAGUGCGUCCUUCUUGUCACAUUUAGAAAACUCCCAGGAGUCUGACUACACCAGAGCUCAGUAUGCUGAGAAGUAUAUUCAAGAACGAGUUGCUGCCGAAUUGUCCAAGUUGGAGGUUGACGCAGCAAAGAGAUUUAAGGAGACUACCUCGCAAUCAUUAGAAACCGCCGUUGACUCCAAGACGUCUGUGGCCUCGUCGAACGAGAAAGUCCAGGAAUUGACCAAGGCUUUGCAAGACAGCGCCAAGUUGAUACUGGUUGAAUUGAACGACGACAUUAAAAAGGCACGUGGCAAUGUUAUUGCCUGUUUGAAGGACAACCAAGGACGUUCUUUGAACUGUUGGGACGAGGUCCAGGAGUUUAAGACGUUGGUGAACAGCAUGUAA